CGGUGCUGAUAUUGGUGACAGUGCGCAUGAGGAUGCAGAUCUCGUGCUCAUGGCGGUGCACGUAGGUGGUAUCGCGGUCGAAGAUGUUAGAGCCGCUUCCUACGAUAUAAUCAGAUAUAGAAGUAACAAAAAAACCUAAUCCGCUCCAAAACGUUUGAUCAAGCCGAAAAAUCUGAAUUUGUUCGCAGGGAAUUAGACAACUGACAAAAUGUUGAAGCAUUCGUUCACGCAUGUUCUUCCGCUUUGGACAUGAGAGAUAGCCUGUUCCAUUGUUGUCAGAAGUCGUCGUGGGGCGCUACUGGUGCGACGAGGGCCGGAUCAGCGACACUAAGGCUCUUUUUGCGAGGUCGCCUUUCACGCUCCGGCUUCUCACGAGCGAGUUCGUCAUUGCCAACCACCAUAUGUUGAACCAAUUCGGUGCAUAUUGUGACAUUGCCGGGCGAGAACCGAAGAUGGUCAGUUGUAAAUCUCAAUAUUUUGUGCUUGCUUUAAGCUUCUGGGGGUGGAUCACUUGUAUCCACGUUACCUCCGAAAAGAACAGUUUGAAGCCUGGGGAAAAACUGAAUACCACCACCCUGGUUCUUUCUGAAAACGGUUAUGGCCUUGGAUUUCAAACACUUGACAACUGCUGUUACUUAAUCAUAUCAGGUAUAGGCCCCAAAUAUGAGUAUUGGCCGGCUUGGGUUGGUAAUAGAAAUCAACCUGUUGACAAGGAUGCAAAUCUCUUGUUAAGUCAUUCUGGUGAACUGAAAAUUGAAUCCAAAGAUAUUGAACCCAUCAUCCUUUACUCUUCACCACAACCUUCCGAAAAUACUGUGGCCACCUUGUUGGAUACGGGCAACUUUGUUCUGCAACAAUUUCACCCCAAUGGAACAAACACUACGCUGUGGCAAAGUUUUGAUUAUCCUACUGAUAAUUUGUUCCCUGGAAUGAAGUUAGGUGUCAAUCACAAGAGUGGUCAUAAAUGGUCGCUAGUUUCGUGGUUGACUUCUGAAAAACCAAGUGUUGGGGCAUUUGAACUUGAAUGGGAACCCACUGAAAAGGAAUUGACCAUCAAGCGAAGAGGAAAAUUGUGUUGGACAAGUGGGAAUCUGGGAAACGGUGGAUUCAUGCACGACACAUAUUACAUGAUUGUUUCAAACGAAAACGAAAGCUACUUCUCAAUAACAACUUUCAAUGAAGAGCAUACAAGAUGGGCGCUUUUAGAAACUGGGCAACUGAUAAAUCGGAAUGGAGCCGAUAAUAAUGUUGCGAGGGCUGAUUUGUGUUAUGGCUACAACACAGAUGAAGGGUGCAAACAAUGGGAGGAGAUACCCUUAUGCAGGCAUCCUGGUGAUGUAUUUGACAUAAGGGAAGGGUACCCCAAUGAAGACAUGGUAACCAAUCUAGCAAAUUCGAGUUAUGGCCUAACUGAUUGUCGGGAUAUGUGCUGGAGAAACUGCACUUGUGCUGGAUUCACAAACUAUAAUGAUGAUGAUGGAACUGGUUGUGUAUUCUAUCACUCGAACUUCACCAAAGGUACAAAUUUUGCUAGUGGGGGCUCUACAUUUUACUUACUUGUAAACAGCAACCAUCACAAAGGUAAGAAAAUGUGGAUAUGGAUAACUGUUGUCUCAGUAGUAGCUGCUCUCUUAGUAAUAUGUGCAAUUGCUCUUGUCAUAAAGAAAAGAAAACGUCUGCUUCAAGAGAAAAAAAGAAAAGGGGUGGCUGAGAAUAACAUGGCAGAUUUAGCGGCAUCAAAUAGAUCCUUUGAUGUCAAAGCCUCUGACGAUGAAUUCAAGAUGAUACAAAACCUAAACCUGUUUCACUAUACAUUAGUAUUGUCGGCAACAGACGACUUUUCUCCUGAAAACAAAUUAGGUGAAGGAGGAUUUGGACCUGUUUAUAAGGGAAUCCUUCCUUCUGGUCAAGAAGUUGCCAUUAAAAGACUUUCAAAAACAUCAGGACAAGGAAUAGUAGAAUUCAAAAAUGAACUCUUGCUUAUAUGUGAACUUCAGCACACGAAUCUUGUACAACUACUUGGAUAUUGUAUUUAUGAAGAGGAAAGGAUUCUAAUUUAUGAGUUCAUGUCAAACAAAAGCUUGGACUGCUAUUUAUUUGAUUAUGACAAAGGCAAGGUUUUGGACUGGAAGAAACGCUUCAAUAUAAUAGGAGGAAUCUCUCAAGGAUUACUUUAUCUUCAUAAGUACUCGAGACUAAAAGUAAUUCAUAGAGACUUGAAAGCUAGUAACAUACUUCUUGAUGAGAAUAUGAAUCCAAAAAUUUCUGAUUUUGGAUUGGCAAGAAUGUUUACACAGGAAGAGUCCAUGACAAAUACUAGUAGGAUUAUUGGAACCUAUGGUUACAUGUCUCCUGAAUAUGCCAUGGAAGGAAUUUUUUCUACAAAAUCUGACGUCUACAGCUUUGGAGUGUUGCUGCUUGAAAUUGUUAGUGGGAGAAGAAACACUAGCUUAUAUGAUGUUGAUCUCCAUCUUAAUCUUCUAGGACAUGCAUGGGAGUUAUGGAAAGAAGGUGCGCCUCUCCAAUUAGUAGAUCCAUCACUGAGUGAGUCAUUUGAUGUUGAUGAAGUGAAAAGAUGCAUUCAAGUGGGUCUCUUAUGCGUAGCACACUAUGCAAAUGAUCGACCAACGAUGUUUGAUGUUGUAUCAAUGUUAACAAAUGAAAGUUUAAUAGUUACCUUGCCUCAAAGACCUGCUUUCUAUUUGGAAAGAGGUUACUCUGAUAAGAAAAUGUCUUCUGAAGAGUUAAAUCGUAACUCUAUGGAUGAAAUUACUCCUUCCUUUUGAGUUGUAGAACAAAAUUUUGUUUAUAUGCAUUUUUUUUGUAAAGAUUUC